CUAGAAUAAAGUUCUCAUCGUUUAAUUUUACAAAAAACUUAUAAUCUCCAUGUCCUUUGUAUAUAAUUAAUUUAAAUUAGUUUUAAUUCAUGCAAAUACAGUGAAAAUAUAAAAGAUUCCUAUUAUUCAACUUCAACAAUGCAAACUCUUAUAUUUAAUAAAAACAAAAUGCGCGCACAAAAAGGCUUGUACGAAUCACGAUAAGUUGUAUAUAUAUAUAAAGUUGUAUUAUUACUGAUUAAUUCAUUUACAAACUAACUUGGCUCCGAAUAUCUUUAGAAAAUGCUUACUACACUGUUACUAUUAUCAUGUGCAUUUUUCAGUGCUUCGGGUGAAAAAGAAAAAUGCAAAGUUACAGACAAGCAAUGUAUUCUUUUGCUCAGCAAUUCUGUCUUUGAAAAAGUAUUCGAAGCUGAUAAUAAUCAAAACGUCGAUCCCAUGUACAUAGAGUUCAUGGAAGGAAAUUUUCUUGACCUGAAGAUCAAGUUCAGAAAUAUUUCCAUGACUGGCUAUAAUACCUGUAAAGUCUUCGAUUUAUAUUGGGAUAUAGAACAAUUUUUAUUCAACUUCGAAUUGUACUGUUCGAGAAUUUCGAUUAAUGGUCAAUAUGAGAUAUCUGGACCGGCUGUGACAACUGAAGAAAAAGGAAAAUAUACUAUUAAUACAAAAAGCUACAAGUUAAUGACGAACACGACAUUUGAGCUUGUACAAACUGUUGGCAAUAAAACUGUUUUUCAUGUUAAGAACUUCAACGCCAAGGUGUCGCCGUUGGAAAAAGUGGCUUUACAUUUCACGAAUCUUUAUAACGGGCAGGAAAUACCAAGUGCCAAAUUUUUAACACAAGAGCACUGGAGAAAUAUUAUCUACACUCUUCAAGAUAACUUCGCUACAAUCUGCUUCAGGAAUUUAUUUCUAGCUUUAAAUAAACUAUUUACAACAUUGCCAUUAGAAGAAUAUUUGGAAUUGUAGUUUCCAUUAUAAGUAAUAUAAACUUAGAAGUAAUAUAAAUAAUAAAGAUUACAUACGGUGUUCCGCAAGGAAGCGUA